UGUUGAAUAACAAAAAUUCAGCUGAAUAAUUUUUUUUUUGGUUAGGAAGACUGGCCCUGAGCUAACGUCUGUGCCAGUCUUCCUCCAUGUUGUAUGUAGGAUGCUGCCACAGCAUAGCUUGGUGAGCAAGUGUGUAGGUCCAUACCAUGGAUCCAAACCUGCAAACCCCGGGCCUCCGAAGCAGAGCAUGUGACAUUAACCUCUAUGCCACUGGGCCUGCUCCUCAACCAAGUAAAUUUUAAAGAUCUAAUUGGCUUUAUUGAGCAAUCAUCAGUUGGGCAGCAUCCCAUCUUGUAAGUAGAGAGGAGCUCCAAAGUGCUACAGAAAGGCAGGAGAAGGAAGUCAUAAACAGAAAAAGAAAGAUUAUUUCAGGCAAAGUUACCUUCCUUUGGGGACAAAAGGGUCUUAUCAGGUGGAUUACUUCAUCUUCGAUUGGAGAUUGGAGAGGGCCCAUGUGGCAGAUUACCUCAUUGGUGCUGACCAGAAAAUCCUAGACUCACCAGUUAGACUACCUUCCUGGGGAAGGUUGAAGCUGCAGUUAGGUUACAUAGUAAACACUGGUUUAGUCAGGUGUGCCUAGCCAAAGUGACUCUACUGGGGCCUGUUGUUUUCUUUUCCACGAUGUCCCUAUUUGUGAUUGGACUCUUAGCUUAACUGAGUGAUGUGAUAAAUAUUGAAGGCAUUAGCGCCACUCUCAGCUCUUGCUCUGAAAUUCUGUUCUUGUUGUUCCUUUCAGUAGUAUCCAGAGAUCAUGUUUUUGCUUAACCCCUGUGACAUUCACAGGUCAAGGCUUCAUGUUUGCAAUCUUAUGUCUCCAGCAUCUGUACAGGACCAGAAGCCAGGUGGAGUCUUCUUCGGCUGUGAGGACUCAGUGGCCAUUGAGGAUGUGGCUGUGAACUUCACCCCAGAGGAGUGGGCUUUACUGGAUCCUUCACAGAAGAAACUCUACAGAGAUGUGAUGUGGGAAACCUUGAGGAACCUGGGCUCAAUAGGAAAAACAUGGGAAGAUCAUGACACUGAAGAUCAGUACAAAAGCCAGGGGAGAAGACUAAGAAGUCAUAUGGUAUUGAGACUCUGUGAAAGUGAAGAGGGUAGUCAAUGUGGAGAAAACUUCAUCCUUAUUCCAAAUGUUGAUCUGAACAAGAAAACUAGUGCAGCAAAACCAUGUAAAGAUAGAGCAUGUGGGAAAGUCUUCAUGCAUCAUUCAUCCAUUAAUAGGCAUGUUACUGGUCACACUGAACACAAACCAUGUGACUGUGAAAAAUAUGAGGAGAAGACAUAUAAAUGUAAGGAAUGUGGGAAAGCCUUCGUUUCUCCCAGUGUUCUUCGAAAACAUGAAAGAACUCAUACUGGAGAGAAACCCUAUCAAUGUAAAAAAUGCAGUAAAGCAUUGGCUUCUUCCAGGUCUCUUCAAAUACAUGAAAGAAGUCAUACUGGAGAGAAACCAUAUAAAUGUAAAAAAUGCAAUAAAGCAUUCACUUCUUCCAGGUCUCUUCAAAUGCAUGAAAGAACUCAUACUGGAGAGAAACCAUAUAUAUGUAAAAAAUGCAAUAAAGCAUUCUUUUAUUCCAAGUCUCUUCGAGUACACGAAAGAAAUCAUACUGGGGAGAAACACUAUCAGUGUAAAGAAUGUGGGAAAGCCUUUAUGGCUCCCUCAAGCCUUCAGUCACACAUGAUUUGUCACACUGGAGAUGGACCUUAUAAAUGUAAGGAAUGUAAGAAAGUAUUUCUUUUUCCUAGUGCAUUUCGAAUACAUGAAAGGAGUCACACUGGAGAGAAACCCUAUGAAUGUAAAAGUUGUGGUAAAGCAUUCAGUCAUCCCAGAAAUCUUCGAAUGCAUGAAAGAUGUCACACUGGAGAGAAACCCUAUGAAUGUAAGGACUGUGGGAAAGACUUUACUGCUCUCACCACCCUUCAAGUUCACAUGAUCACUCACACUGGAGAUGCACCUUAUAAAUGUAAGGAAUGUGGGAAACUUUUCAUUCAUCGCGGUUCAUUUCAAGUACAUCAAAGGAUUCAUACUGGAGAGAAACCAUAUGAAUGUAAAGAAUGCAGCAAAGCGUUCAGUUGUACCAGUACUCUUCGAGUACAUGAAAGAACUCAUACAGGAGAGAAACCAUAUGAAUGUAAAAAAUGCAGUAAAGCAUUCGUUUAUUCCAAGUCUCUUCGAGUACACGAAAGAAAUCAUACUGGGGAGAAACCCUAUCAGUGUAAAGAAUGUGGGAAAGCCUUUACAGUUCCGUCAAGCCUUCGAUCACACAUGGUCUGUCACACUGGAGAUGGACCUUAUAAAUGUAAGGAAUGUAAGAAAGUAUUUGUUUCUCCUAGUGCAUUUCGAAUACAUGAAAGGACUCACACUGGAGAGAAACCCUAUGAAUGUAAAGAAUGUGGCAAAGCAUUCGGUUGUACCAGUUCUCUUCGAGUACAUGAAAGAAUUCAUACAGGAGAGAAACCAUAUGAAUGUAAAAAAUGCAGUAAAGCAUUCAUUUUUUCCAGUUCUCUUCGAGUACAUGAAAGAAUUCAUGCUGGAGAGUAACCCUUUGAAUGUAAAGAAUGUGGGAAAGCCUUUAGAGAUCCUUCAAGCCUUCGAUCACACAUCAUUGUUCACACUGGAGAUGGACUUUACAAAUGUAAGGAAUGUGAGAAAGCAUUCAUGUAUCCCAGAUUACUCCGAAGACAUGAAACAAAUCACACUGGAGUGAAAACCUAUGAACAUAAAGAAAAUGGGAAAGUCCUCAGUUCUCAUCAAAUUUUCCAAAUACAUGAAAGAGAUCAUACUGGAUAGAAACCGUAUGAAUAUGCAAAAUAUAGUAAAGCAUUUGUUUUCCCAGUUCUCUCUGAAGAAUUGAAAGAACUCGUACUGGAGAGAAACCCUGUGAAUAACAGGAAAGUGGGAAAGCUUUUGUUUGUCAUGCAAACUUUUGAGGAUAUGGGAGAAUGCACACUAGAAGAAAAACCAUGUAAAAGUAAUGAACGUGGAAAGACUUUUGUCAUCCCAGAUCUUAAUGAAGGCAUAAAAAGAGUCCCUUGGUUCCAACAUCUUGGAUGUGAACAACACAGGAAAGACAUCACAUGGCUUACACCAUUAUAUGUGUAAUUCCCACUAGAAAGAAAUACAAAUAUAAGUCAUGAGAAAAUUUGAUGGGAAUUAAUGUGUAGGCUGUUCUAGAAAACUUGCAACAUGAAAGAGUUGUUAUGAAAUUUGUAAACCUAUUGUGCUUACCAAGGAUCUUUCUUAAAGUGUGACAUUGGAUUGUGGAUUUCUAUUAAGUGCUUUCAGAAAUGAAGAUUGAGGUGAGAUCAUUCUGCAAGUCAUCCUUCAUCAAUAGUACAUAAGAUUACUAAGUAGUGGUUUUUCCUUAAAUCAACUGAUAAUAUUUUCUCUUCAAUUUUUUUAUAGUGUAUUCAUUUUUCUGUGUUUAGGGACAAUUGAGAAUGACAGUUUGUAUUUGUUGGGAUUUUCUUACUGUCUUUGUAUUGCAGUUCCCAGAUAUGCCUAAUCCAUUGUAUAUAUUGUGCCUUUCUUAGAGAAAGCUCCUUUUCUGGGGCAGUGGGUAUAGUAGACUUUUUUUAUUUUCUAUACUAUUAAACAGUUGGAAUAAAUUUUGAUGUAUGGCAAGUGUAUCAAAGAGUA